AUGGAGAGCAUAACAAAACAGCAACAAGAAUUCAUCUUUCGCUCUAAAUUACCAGACAUUCACAUCCCAAAAAACCUUCCUCUACAUUCAUACGUUCUUGAAAACUUCUCUAAAUAUUCAUCAAAGCCUUGUCUGAUAAAUGGCGCAAAUGGAGAUGUCUACACUUAUGCAGAUGUUGAGCUCACAGCAAGAAGAGUUGCUUCUGGUCUUAACAAGCUUGGAAUUCAACAAGGUGAAGUGGUCAUGCUCUUCCUACCAAGUUCGCCUGAAUUUGUGCUUGCUUUCUUAGGUGCUUCACACAGAGGUGCCAUUACCACUGCAGCCAAUCCUUUCUCCACCCCUGCAGAGCUAGCAAAACACGCCAAGGCCUCAAAAGCAAAGCUUUUGAUAACACAGGCUUGUUAUUAUGAGAAGGUUAGAGAUUUUGCUCAAGAAAAUGAUGUCAAGGUCAUGUGUGUAGACUCUGCUCCAGAAGGGUGCUUGCACUUUUCAGAGCUAACACAGGCCGAUGAAGAGAAAAUGCCCCAGGUUGACGUUAGGCCUGAUGAUGUCGUGGCAUUGCCUUACUCUUCAGGGACUACAGGGCUACCGAAAGGGGUCAUGUUAACCCACAAAGGGCUAGUAACCAGUGUGGCUCAACAAGUAGAUGGAGACAACCCCAACCUAUAUUUUCACAGUGAAGAUGUCAUUUUGUGUGUGUUGCCUAUGUUCCAUAUUUAUGCUCUGAAUUCAAUAAUGCUUUGUGGGUUGAGAGUUGGUGCUGCAAUUUUGAUCCUGCCGAAGUUUGAGAUUGGUACUUUGUUGGGCUUGAUUGAGAAGUACAAGGUUUCGAUAGCACCAGUUGUCCCACCAGUGAUGCUGGCAAUCGCUAAGUCACCCGAUCUUGAUAAGCACGACUUGUCUUCGUUAAGGAUGUUAAAGUCCGGAGGGGCACCGCUGGGCAAGGAACUUGAAGAUACUGUAAAAGCUAAGUUUCCUCAUGCUAGACUUGGUCAGGGAUAUGGAAUGACGGAAGCAGGACCAGUUCUAGCAAUGUGUUUGGCAUUUGCCAAAGAACCUUUUGACAUAAAACCAGGUGCAUGUGGAACUGUGGUUAGGAAUGCAGAGAUGAAGAUUAUUGACCCUGAAACAGGUGCCUCUCUACCAAGGAAUCAGCCUGGUGAAAUUUGCAUCCGAGGGGAUCAGAUCAUGAAAGGAUAUCUUAAUGACCCUGAGGCAACCUCAAGAACAAUAGACAAAGAAGGAUGGUUACACACAGGCGAUAUCGGCUUCAUUGAUGACGAUGACGAGCUUUUCAUCGUUGAUAGAUUGAAGGAAUUGAUCAAAUACAAAGGGUUUCAGGUUGCUCCUGCCGAACUCGAAGCUAUGUUACUAGCUCAUCCAGAGAUAUCUGAUGCUGCUGUGGUCGGAAUGAAAGAUGAGGCUGCAGGAGAAGUUCCAGUUGCCUUCGUAAUAAAAUCAGAAAAAUCUCAAGUCACCGAAGAUGAAAUUAAGCAGUAUAUUUCAAAACAGGUGAUUUUUUACAAAAGAAUAAAGCGAGUGUUUUUCGUAGACGCUAUUCCCAAGGCACCAUCAGGCAAAAUCUUGAGGAAAAAUUUGAGAGACAAGUUGGCAAGCAAAUAA